AUGAAUAUUGAUCAACCCACCCCAGACGAUCGAAAGCCCGCCCCUGCCAAGACACAUAAGACAUGGAGAGCAGCGAUCGAGUGUGAAGAAGGCUACCCAUUAUUACGAGUGUCUAAGGAAUGGAUCGCGGCCGAACUUUUUACAACUAUGAAUAACGGGGACUCCUCUUUAACCGCCGACGGGAACGACUCUGAGAUUUUGUUAGUCAACUGGAUUGAACCUCCUGCCACCCUCGUCAGCAACCCAAACGAUGUUCCUCUCGAUUCUACUGCCUUGGGUACUACGACACCAAAUCGGCGUUUCGUUGCACGCUUGGAACCACCUAUCGAUAUGCCUAUAAUCGCAGCAGCGGAAGUAUACAGGCUACUUGGGAUGAACAUGCCCGUGGAGCCCAAAACGGUUACAUAUGAUGGACUGGUAGUUCCUCUGCCAAACUUAACUUCGACAGGAGACGGUCAAGAUGAAAAUAGUUUGGCAGCGCCCAACGGAAGAAUUCAUGAAAAAGUUGUGUAUAGCUUUGACGACGAUUGCCAACCGAGAAAACACCGGCAUAUAUACACUUUCCACCCCUUUGAACAUAUUGUCGGACGCACCAUACGUGAUCUUCCGUUUUCUCACCCUCGGCAGUUGGCUGAUGUUCUUCCUAUCCUACGCCAGUACGCACUAUUGUCUAGCCUCCUUCACAGGGUAUUUGUUGGCCAAAACAACCAAACUGUCAGGUCGAGCAAAUCUCCCUCAGCCCACUCGGUAAUCUCAGCCUCGCCAAAGCAGACGUCCAAGUCUGACGUCACGUUUAUAACCAAUAUCAGCCCUACAGUAUCCAAACUGAACGCUAUGCUUUCGCGUAACGAUUCCAAGCAUGUGAUCGAAAGAAGCAACGGCCUUGAUUCUCAUGUUAACGGGCCUUUUGCCCCUGCGCCGACAACUGAUGACCGGAAAAUAGACAUAUCUUUACGAACUCCGAUAUUAGGGCCACCAUCCUUAAUGCUAUUAUUCAACGCGCCUAAGAGCGGGCCAAAUGCGUCUAUGGAAAACCCGACGACGAUAACAAUCAAUAUAGAUAUCGGACUCAAUGGUAACAUCACGGUCUCACGGGUUAGUGGAAUGUGGGAUGACAUAAACGACAGCGGAGAAGGACUCUUGAACGAUACAUCCAGAAAAGAAUCGCAGCACCUCCACCAAAGCCUCACCAGGGUGCUGCAGAUAUCUGAGGAUUUUGGCAUCCUGGUCGAAUGGGUAUUGAAAUGGAUGCGGAAUCAUGAAGACCAUACCAAUCGCUGA